CAGUUCGGUCGUGCAGUGUGCGUGCGUGUGCGUUGCUGACAGCAGCGCCAGGCAAUCGCAGCAAACGUCGUUUUUUUUCCUCUCUUUGUUGAUGUGUGUGUGUUUGUGUGCGCGCUGUGGCGGUGUUAUUAUUAAAUUAUAAGGAAAAAACGGGAAACGGGAUUUCGGGUGGACGGAAUCGGGACCGAAAGAAAAUCCGGCGGUGCAUUGGGGAUUGUGGUUUGGUGGGGUUUGGAAGUUUGAAGAUCGAUUGAGGGUGCAAUUCGGGAGGCAAGAUGCCAUAGCUGUGGCAGCGAGCUGCCAGCUGCCAGCACGACCUACGGAAUGACCUGUUCCGUCGUCGCGGAGGAGGAGCUUUAGCGAAACUCUAAGGAGGGGGAGAACCCACCGGGAACGUAGUUCCGGAAAGGCUCCUGCAGCGGAAAUUAGUCAUCCGCGGAGGAGAACAAACUUCCGGAUUAGGGGAAAAUUGCAAAAUUUCCCAACUUCCCAAGGAAGAAAGAAGACGACGACGAAGUGUGUUUGUGUGUGUGUUCGUGAGAGAGUGAGAACUAAACGGAACGGAACGAAAAAGUUGUUUUUGUUUUUGCAACACUCACUGACACUGCCGCCUGGCUGUUAUUGAUUGGUUCUUGAAGGCAGGAAGAGCAGGCAGCAGCAGCAGUGAGGACGAAGGAAUCCAGCAAGUGCGCGUAGAGGAAUCCGGAACCAGAGCGUCAGCCAUGGCUACCAGCAGCCAGGAUUACGGAUACCUGACCGGAGCGGACGAGCUGAACAACGAGGAAAGCCCAUGCUGCCGAUUGCGAAUAAAAGUCAUCGCCGGUCAACAGCUGGCCAAAAAGGACAUUUUCGGUGCCAGUGACCCGUACGUCCGGAUCGACCUGAACACGAUCGCCGGCGACGAAAACAUCGACUCGGUGCUCACCAAGACGAAAAAGAAGACGCUGAACCCGCGCUGGAACGAGGAGUUCGUGUUCCGCGUCAAGCCGAACGAGCACAAGCUGGUCUUUCAGGUGUUCGACGAGAACCGGCUGACGCGGGACGACUUCCUCGGGAUGGUGGAGCUGUCGCUGGCCCAGCUGCCGAAGGAGACCGAGGGCGCGCAGAUUCCGCCCAAGAGCUACCCGUUGCGGCCGCGCAGGUCAGUAGGUGCUCGCUCGAAGGUGCGCGGCCAGCUGGAUCUGUACCACGCGUACAUUCAGGACCAGAACACUCCGGCCGGGGAGGCCGACUGGGAAAUCAUCGAAUCGAAUAACUCAAUCUCUAGUAAUACCAACGUGGUCGCAAGCCGCCCGGCCGAUAUACUGCCCUCGGGCUGGGAGGAGCGCCAGGAUGCCAACGGACGGACCUACUACGUGAACCACCUGGCCCGGUCGACGCAGUGGGAGCGACCCACCGCCGUUUUGACCCAAUCAUCCCAGGACACCGACAUGGCAGCCGCCUUCCAGCGACGUGUUCACAUCAGCGUGGAUGACAACAUUACGGAUGGUGACCACGCGGCGCAGAACCGGAUACUGCAGCACCUCAGCGAGAGCAGUCGUCGCUCCUCGAGCCGUUCGUCGAUCGGUAGCGACAACAGCGUUCGAGGAAGUCUCAACGGAGGAGCGGGCGGUUCCGCGGCCCAUCCUCCGGCCAACGGAGACGACGAAGCGGACAGCGGCGGAGGAGGAACCCGACGAGCGUCGACUACCGCCACCAACAACAACAACGACACGGGUGACGACCGGUCGUCGACCCGCUCGUCGACGUCCAACGAGAACGAUUCGUCCAGCAGUAGUCCGGCCGCGGCGGAAGCAGUGCUGCCAACCGGGUGGUCGAUGCAGCUCGCGCCCAACGGUCGCGUGUUCUUCAUCGAUCACAACGAGAAGAAGACCUCGUGGGUGGAUCCGCGGACGGGUCGAGCCAGCCCGAUGCCGAACGCGUCCAGCAGUGCGGCCAUCAGUGACUCGCGGCGUCCGGAGGACGGACUGGCACCACUGCCGGAAGGUUGGGAGGAGCGAGUUCACACCGACGGGCGGAUAUUCUUCAUCGAUCACAACACGCGAACCACCCAGUGGGAGGAUCCCCGCCUGUCGAUGCCAAACGUAGCCGGCCAAGCAGUUCCUUACUCGAGAGAUUACAAGCGGAAGUACGAGUACCUCAAGGGGCAGCUCCGGAAGCCGGCCAACGUCCCGAACAAGAUCGAGAUCAAGGUGCGGCGGGCGUCCAUCCUGGAGGACUCGUACCGCAUCAUCAACUCGAUCACCAAGGUCGAUCUGCUCAAGACGAAGCUGUGGAUCGAGUUCGAGGGCGAGGCGGGCCUGGACUACGGCGGGCUGGCCCGCGAGUGGUUCUACCUGCUGUCGAAGGAGAUGUUCAACCCGUACUACGGGCUGUUCGAGUACUCGGCCAUGGACAACUACACGCUGCAGAUCAACCCGUUCAGUGGGCUGUGCAACGAGGAUCACCUGCACUACUUCAAGUUCAUCGGACGGGUAGCCGGCAUGGCCGUGUACCACGGCAAGCUCCUGGACGCGUUCUUCAUCCGCCCCUUCUACAAGAUGAUGCUCCAGAAGCCAAUCGACCUCAAGGACAUGGAGGCCGUCGACAUGGAGUACUACAACUCUCUGCUCUGGAUCAAGGAGAACGACCCGAGCGAGCUGAUGUUGACGUUCUGCGUGGACGAGGAAACGUUCGGCUACACCAGCCAGCGGGAACUGAAGCCCAACGGCGCCGACAUCGAGGUCACCAACGACAACAAGGACGAGUACAUCAAGCUAGUGAUCGAGUGGCGCUUCGUGGCCCGCGUCAAAGACCAGAUGCAGGCCUUCCUCGAGGGGUUCGGCCAGAUCGUGCCGCUCAACAUGCUGAAGAUCUUCGACGAGAACGAGCUGGAGCUGCUGAUGUGCGGCAUCCAGAGCAUCGACGUCAAGGACUGGAAGCGCAACACGCUGUACAAGGGCGACUACUUUGCGAACCACGUCAUCAUCCAGUGGUUCUGGCGUGCGGUCCUCUCCUUCUCGAACGAGAUGCGCGCCCGGCUGCUGCAGUUUGUGACCGGUACGAGCCGGGUGCCGAUGAACGGCUUCAAGGAGCUGUACGGCUCGAACGGGCCGCAGAUGUUCACGAUCGAGAAGUGGGGCACGCCGGAGAACUACCCGCGGGCGCACACGUGCUUCAACCGGCUGGAUCUGCCCCCCUACGAAAGCUAUCUGGCGCUAAAGGACCGACUGAUCAAAGCAAUCGAGGGCAGCCAAGGCUUUGCCGGAGUGGACUAAGCGCGCGGCAUGUCACAACAAGGACAACAAACAACAAAAGGUUUGCGCUUUAUGUAUAUGUAAAUAUUUAUUAAACAAGCAAGAAGAUAUCGCAAAAUGGAAUCAUUCCGAACCCUCCCGGAAGCAAAAUAAUAGCAACUUACACACACUCACACAAUGACAUUAAUGCAAAUUGUUAGAGCACUUUGCAGCAAUCAAGGAAAAAAAGAUUUAUUUUUGAGAGUCCCCCUUCCGCAAACUCCUCUCUUCUAUUUUUUAGAAAACAAAAAUUUGAAUUUUAGCUAGCAACACUCACACACACAUACAUGACAAUCGGUUGACAAGCAUCUUCUGUUAAACACACCCACACACAGACAUCCAGACGUAAUAAUUCGAGUGAGUCACACUGAAAACUCUUCAGCUGCCAAAACCACAUCUUCGAAGUAGCUUCGAUUGUUUGUUCCAUGUCUCUCCUUUGAAAACGAAAACCAAAUUUUUGUGUAGUCUGUAAAAAAGCAUCACAUUUUUACCUGUUUGUAGUUGAAAAUUUAAAAUUAAAAAAAAAUCUGUGUUAGUUGAGAAGAAAAAAAAAACAAAGUAACCUUACACGAACAAAAAAUAUCAAAAGUCAUGUUGAAGCGUGCGCGCGCACCUGUCAUCAUUUCUCCGCAGGAAAUGCCUUAAAAAAAAUCUUUUUCUAUUACAACUUAAGUGACUUAGAGCAAAACAGAAAAAAAAAACAGGUUCAAUCGUUAUUCGUACCCGUUGAUUGUUGACGCAACGCUCCCCCUCACUCUUUUUAUUAUUUAUUUAACUGUUCCGCAAGCGUUAGUGUUGUCAGUUUUUCCAAAUAAUUGUGACACUUUGAUAAAUCGAAAAAGAAACAUUAAAAAAAACGUGUUGUUACUUACCCUUCACCACUCUCCCCCCCCCUCGUUAAAGCUUUGUUAGACGAAAAACUUACUAUUAAAAAAAGAUACAGUUUAACACGGGCUGGCAACACUGGAGGAGUAAAAAAAAAUGUUACGUGUAGUUACGAAAGGUGGAUAAAUAUUUAAACAAUGUUAGCAAACGAAGAAACGGGGAAGAAGAAGAUGAAGUAAAAAAAAAUACGGACACUGACAGCGGGCAACGGAACGGGAAGAGAAAGAAUCAAAGAAAAAUAGUUAAAUAUUUUCAAAGUAUUUUUAACUCUUAUGAGCUACAAAUAAAAUAAGGAUACGAAAAA